AGCAACUGUCACUCUUCUCUACAAACAGUCGAGUCAUUGCUACCUAUUAUUUGAACGAAUAACACACUUUUGAUUUCAAUAUCAUUGAAUCUAACUGAAAAACACUAGAAAAACUGUUUGUCAUCAUAAUUUUCUCGACCAUUUUCACAGACUUCAGAUCAUUCUAGUUUUUUUUGCUACUUUUUCCAAUUAACAUUGUGACAUUGAUAGAUUGCAUCCAAAAUGCCGAGCUACAAUGUGAAAGUAAAAUGGGGCCGUGAAAAUUUCCCAAACAUUCAAGUCAACACGGAUGAAGAUCCAAUGGUGUUUAAGGCUCAGCUAUUCGCAUUGACUGGAGUUCAACCGCACCGGCAAAAGGUUAUGUGUAAAGGUGUCGCACUCAAAGACGACAAUUGGAAUUUUGCAUUGAAGGAUGGUGCUGUCAUUUUGUUGCUCGGCACGAAAGAUGAUCUAAUGGAAUCGGAGCCCAUUGAACGGCCCAAAUUUAUUGAGGACAUGAAUGAAUCAGAACUUGCAUCGGCUCUCAAGUUGCCAUCUGGAUUAACUAAUCUUGGAAAUACGUGUUAUAUGAAUGCCGUAGUUCAAUGUCUGAAAUCUGUUCCAGAGUUACGUACUGCCUUGAAAGAAUACAAGGAAGAUUUUUCCAUCAGUUCAUUAGCAUCGGCACAAUCAAUUACGGCUGCAAUGCGUAGUGUGUUUGAUCAAAUGGACAGUGGAUCGACGGUGACGCCUGUUCUUCUGUUGCAAACGCUGCACAUGGCAUUCCCACAAUUCGCGCAACCGGGAGAAAAUGGUUCAUACCGUCAACAAGAUGCAAAUGAAUGUUGGUCGGAGCUACUGAAAAUGUUACAGCAAAAAUUGAAGCCCAUUAAAAAUGGUGAAUUAAGUUCAAGCUACAAUUCCCUAAUUGAUCAAUAUUUUGGCGGAACUUUUGAUAUUGAGAUGAAGUGCACGGAAAGUGAAGAGGAGCAGCCGACAUUUAGCGCGGAAAAUUUUCUACAAUUAAGUUGCUUCAUUUCGCAAGAAGUCAAAUAUAUGCUGAGCGGAAUUAAAUCGAAACUUCAAGAGCAAUUAACGAAAAAAUCCACAACUUUGGACCGUGACGCACUUUAUUCUCGAACUUCGAAAAUCAGUCGUCUACCGGCCUAUUUAACUGUGAACUUCGUUCGAUUCCAAUAUAAAGGCAAAGAAGGCAUCAAUGCCAAAGUGUUGAAAGAUAUAAAGUUCCCGAUCGAUUUCGAUGCAUUUGAAUUGUGUAGCAAGUCGCUUCAAGAGAAAUUGGUGCCGAUGCGAUCAAAGUUUAAGGAAAUAGAGGAUGCUGCACUUCAAAAUCCAAAAUCAAAGGACAAACAAAAUGAACCAGAAAAAGAUGACAAAACCAAGGCUCUGCCAUUCUCAUUCGAAGAUGACAUCGGAAGCAACAAUUCCGGUUAUUAUACAUUACAUGCAGUGUUAACUCAUCAAGGACGUUCAAGUUCUUCGGGCCAUUACGUUGGUUGGGUGCGUCAAUCGCCCACUGAAGACAAAUGGUACAAAUUCGAUGAUGACACUGUUAGUCCAAUAACAAGCGAAGAGGUACUUCGUUUGAGCGGAGGCGGCGACUGGCACUGUGCUUACGUUCUUCUGUAUGGACCUCGAGUUCUACGUGUUCCUAUUGACGAACCAAUGCUAGAACAAUAAAAUGUUAUCAUCGACUAAAUCGUUCACCACACCGGUUCUUAAUUUAUGAUAUUUUUGCUUGCAAAACGAGAGAUGUCGAUUUUAUAGAUAAUAUUCAGUUCUUUUUUUUAAAUUGCGAUCAUUUGUUUUAAUACGAUAUUUUUUUUAAAAAAAUAGGCAGAAUCCACAUACUAUACCGUGUAUCAAAUUAAAACAUUGUUAGUCGAAUUGAAACAUUUAAUAAGUUCUCAUUAAAGGCUCCUUUCAUAAAAUUCA